AUGUGUGAACUUCUGGAUGUCCCAGUGGUGUGCAACAGUAUCAAUGCUAAAUGCAGCAUCAGUGACCCUCUUCCUAUUCUUCACACGCAUUAUCAGUCAGGAGAUUUCAUCAUUGGUGGCAUCAUGUCUCAGAUCUACAUGCGCUCCAAUAUGACAGAAUUCACAAUACGUCCUUCAAAGGAACUCUUUGAAAACAUGGUGUUCCUGAUUCAUAUCUAUCAGCACAUCCUGGCCUUGAUAUUUGCUGUGGAGGAGAUCAAUGAAAAUCCCCGGAUCUUACCCAACAUCAGCCUGGGCUUCCAUAUCUACAACAGCCAUUUCAUUGAAAAAUGGACAUAUCAUGCCUCAAUGAAACUUCUCUCUACAAGGAACAAAUUCAUUCCAAAUUAUAAAUGUGAUGUUCAGGAUAAUCCAGUAGCAGUGAUUGGAGGACCUAAUUAUAGAGUUUCUUUACACAUGGCCGCUGUUCUAGUCACCUACAAAAUGCCACAGGUGCGGCCCCUUUCUCGGUGUAAUGACAAUUGCCAGCCAGGUUAUAGCAAGACAAUGAUAGAAGGGAAGCCAUUCUGCUGCUAUGGUUGCCUUCCAUGUCCAGAGGGCAAGUUCUCAAAACAUGUGGACAUGGAUGACUGCUCUCAGUGUCCAGAAGAUCGCUAUCCAAACUCUCAGCAGGAUUUAUGCCUUCCUAAAAGUAUAACCUUCCUGGCUUAUGAAGAGCCUUUGGGGACCACUUUGGCCAGUUUGGCUCUUUGCUUUGCUUUCAUCACAGCUUUGGUGUUGUGUAUCUUUUUCAGGAACCAGGAUACACCCUUAGUCAAAGCCAACAACCGAAACCUCACCUACACUCUCCUUAUUUCUCUUCUGCUCUCCUUUCUUUGUGCUUUGCUAUUCAUAGGCCAGCCUAAGGCGUUGCCAUGUCUUCUUCGACAAACUGCUUUUGGUGUCAUCUUCGCCUUGGCUGUUUCCUGCAUCUUGGCCAAAACUACCAUUGUGCUUUUAGCUUUUAUGGCCACCAUGCCUGGGUCCAACAUGAGGAAAUGGGCUGGGAAUAAGCUGUCAUCCCCCAUUGUUCUAUUCUGCUCUCUCAUUCAAGCCACUCUUUGUACUGUGUGGUUGGCAACCUCUCCUCCAUUCCCAAAUCUUGAUAUGCACUCAAUGAGUAAAGAAAUUGUACUGGAAUGUAAUGAAGGAUCAGUCACCAUGUUCUAUUGUGUCUUGGGUUUCCUAGGCUUCCUGGCCAUUGUCAGCUUCACUUUGGCUUUCCUAGCCAGGAAGUUGCCUGACAGUUUCAAUGAAGCCAAGUUCAUCACCUUCAGCAUGUUGGUCUUCUGCAGUGUUUGGCUUUCCUUUGUUCCAACCUACCUGAGCACAAGAGGGAAAUACAUGGUGGCUGUGGAGAUCUUCUCCAUCUUGGCCUCCAGUGCUGGGUUACUGUUAUGUAUAUUUUCCCCCAAGUGCUACAUCAUUGUGCUGAGACCGGAGUUAAACAACCGAGAUCAGCUACGAAGAAGAAAGAUGUAA